UUCCUCCUUGUGAUAAGGGCAGGGAAAGGAUCGUUAAUGACUAAUCUGUGUUCAGAAGGCACACAGCCAAGGAGGAGAUGCUCUGCUGGCCGGAAGGCCGCCCGUGAUCUUCCACGGCUUUUGCUGGAACUCCCUCCUCCUCCUCACCCCACUGUCUCCUGCCUCACCCCAAGGCAAAAGCAGAUUGUGAGCACUUGUGGCAAAAUCACUGAGAUUUGGAGAGGAGAGCAAGACACAGAAUCCUCCCUGGGCCCUGGAAGUUCGCGUCCACCUAAGACUAUCAGAGUGUUAAAGAAAUAAAGGCGUAACCAAAAUAUCAUCAUGUCUUACCCAGUCUCCAAAGUGCUAAAAUUUAAAUGAAAUCAUACAAGUGUUUUUCCAGAUAAAUUAGAGAAUACUCUUCUGAAAACGUGUAUCUGGGACAUCGGGUUUUUCUGUGAAGUCCACCAUAACAAAGGUGCAUUCUCAAAUAGAAAAGUUUGGAUGGGAUCCAAAAUGAAUCUCAUCGAGCACUCUCACUUACCUGGCAUGGACGAAUUCUCUCUUUCUGACAGUUUUUUUGGUGUGCUAACAGAACCGGCGGCAGGUCCUCUGGGACAGACUCUGGAAGUGGAAUCAUACUCCCAGUACAACAAUGUACAGUUUCCCCAAGUUCAACCACAGAUAUCUUCAUCAUCCUAUUAUUCCAACCUGGGUUUCUACCCGCAGCAGCAUGAAGAGUGGUACUCUCCCGGAAUAUAUGAACUCAGGCGAAUGCCAACUGAGACUCUCUACCAGGGAGAAAAUGAGGUAGCAGAGAUGCCUGUAGCAAAGAAGGCACGAAUGGGCACAUCAACAGGGAGAAUAAAAGGGGAUGAGCUGUGUGUUGUUUGUGGAGACAGAGCAUCUGGAUACCAUUACAAUGCACUGACAUGUGAAGGGUGCAAAGGUUUCUUCAGGAGAAGCAUUACCAAAAAUGCUGUGUACAAGUGCAAAAACGGGGGCAACUGUGUGAUGGACAUGUACAUGCGCAGAAAGUGCCAAGAGUGUCGGCUCAGGAAAUGCAAAGAGAUGGGAAUGUUGGCUGAAUGUAUGUAUACAGGCUUGUUAACUGAAAUUCAGUGUAAAUCUAAACGAUUGAGAAAAAAUGUGAAGCAGCAUGCAGAUCAGACCAUUAAUGAAGACAGCGAAGGACGUGACUUGAGACAAGUGACCUCCACAACUAAGUCAUGCAGGGAGAAAACUGAACUCACCCCAGAUCAACAGAAUCUUCUAUAUUAUAUUAUGGAUUCAUAUAGCAAACAGAGGAUGCCUCAAGAAAUAACAAAUAAAAUUUUAAAAGAAGAAUUCAGUGCAGAAGAAAAUUUUCUCAUUUUAACUGAAAUGGCUACCAGUCAUGUACAGAUUCUUGUAGAAUUCACAAAAAAACUGCCAGGAUUUCAAACAUUGGACCAUGAAGAUCAGAUUGCUUUGCUGAAAGGGUCUGCAGUUGAAGCUAUGUUCCUUCGUUCAGCUGAGAUUUUCAAUAAGAAACUUCCAGCUGGCCAUGCUGACCUAUUGGAAGAAAGAAUUAGAAAAAGUGGUAUCUCUGAUGAAUAUAUAACACCUAUGUUUAGUUUUUAUAAAAGUGUUGGAGAACUAAAAAUGACUCAAGAAGAGUAUGCUUUGCUUACAGCAAUUGUCAUCUUCUCUCCAGACAGACAAUACAUAAAAGACAGAGAAGCUGUAGAGAAGCUUCAGGAACCACUGCUUGAUGUGCUACAAAAGUUGUGCAAGAUUCAUCAGCCUGAAAACCCUCAACAUUUUGCCUGUCUCCUGGGUCGCCUGACUGAGUUGCGGACAUUUAAUCAUCACCAUGCAGAAAUGCUCAUGUCGUGGAGAGUGAACGACCACAAAUUUACCCCACUUCUCUGUGAAAUCUGGGAUGUUCAGUGAUGAGUAUCACGGAGCAGGGGCCAUCUCUUUAUUUUUCUCAUAUAAAUUUGAUGUAUAACUUUCCUUAGUUUCAUUUGUACCUGGCUUCACAGGGAAUUUUGAUGGAUAUUUAUGUAGUAAUUAUAUAACUUCCACAAUUGUAAAUAGGAGGCUAGAUAGAAUUACUUUCUCUAUAUUAUAUUUUAUAAAGCUUUAGGGAAUCUUUCAUUUUAAUUGGCAUGCCCUGUUUGCCAAGCUAAAUUGUUUGUUAUUUUAAUUCCAUCAAAGUUGGGAAAAUUUUGCUCUUCAUCUUACCUUAGUGUGUAUAUUUUAUUAAAGAGUUGUGUUCAAUUUUGGCAAUAAACCCAACAUAAAGGCAACAGGCUUUUCUUUGGGAACAAAAUUUGAAAAAUAUUCGAAUUCUUAUUCCUUUAAAUGAUGAAUGACAGCCUACUGAGCCCAAGGGGAUAAUUUACAGUAAAUAAAUUCUCACAACAUAAAAGACACUUUUCUCAUCCCUGGAGUAGCCUUGGUGAAUAUACAUUCAUUUGUAAAAGUCCUGUGAUGAUUUAAUUUUCUUUGGAGUGUGCAACUAGAAUAACAUAUAGAAAAGUUAAUGAUUCUCUCUAUAAAAUAUACCCUCAAGCAAUCCCUUUUCAUAAUUAGAGUCUGUAGAGUCUGUCUGGAAGUAGCUCUUACAAACUCAGAGUAUAAUAUAUAUAUAACUCCAGACUGAGAUAUUCCCCCUUAAAGAGAUUUCCUCUCUUAAAGCUGUUCACUGUUGGCAUCAGUGCAUAUAAUUAAUCUUUUUUUGUUGUUGUGUUUAGGGG